UGUGUGCUCACAAUCUCCUGUCGCUCUGGGAGCGUGCUGUUGCGGAAGGUCAGAGCCAUGUCUCUCGUUAUCUCGCCCGAGUUCCAGCACAUCCUUCGUAUCCUCAACACCAACAUCGAUGGCCGCCGCAAGGUGCAGUACUCGCUGACCUCCAUCAGGGGAGUGGGUCGCCGUUUUGCCAACCUUAUCUGCAAGAAGGCUGAGGUUGACCCCAACAAGCGGGCCGGAGAGAUGACCGCUGACGAGAUCGAGAAGCUCGUGGCGAUCAUCCAGACUCCCCGCCAGUUCAAGAUCCCUGACUGGUUCCUCAAUAGGCAAAAGGACUGGAAGACCGGCACGACCACCCAGAUCUCGUCCCAGACCAUCGACCAGAAGCUUCGAGAUGACCUUGAGCGGCUGAAGAAGAUCCGCUCCCACCGUGGUAUCCGCCACUACUGGGGCGUGCGCGUGCGCGGCCAGCACACCAAGACCACCGGACGCCGCGGAAAGAUCGUGGCGGCAGGCGGUCGGAAGUAAACCACGAGAGAGGACGAUUUCUUGAGAGGAUUUUGACGGGUGUCCGCACCAUGGGAUGGUCGCUGAGCCUUUCCUCUGGCCCUUUUGCUUCUAGGGUAGAUGGCUUCAUUUCAUCGAGAUGAACCCACUCUUCCUUUUGUUCGUGCUUUAGUCCUGUUUCCGCCGCGCGGUGAGGGGGUAGAGUUUCAGCAACAGCGCGAGGGGGUGCGGCAUGGGUACGCCAAGGAGUGAAAUCAAAUACGGGAGAUUGAAAAAUCUAAAAACAAGAAAAACAACCGUGGGUGGGGUGCGGGGCCGAGUUGCCCUCGAGUGCUUCAUGCCCUACACGCAACUCGCCGUCGAGAUUUUCUCGACAAUACGAGCAUGUUGACGGGGCUUCAGGACAUGGCGUCUGCCUUGACUGGAUGCCGGCAAGGGCACUCGACGGGAAAAUAAUACUUUUCGCGCGGAGACCGGCGAGACGCUGUCUGAUCCACUGCCACAUAAUAUUUCCUGGCGCUGCAGACGUUCUUGCACCGUAUCUGGCCAAUGAGCAUAGUCUUUGCCAAGUUAACCGGUGACAAAGCCCUCACCCGCGUUACUGUCUAGAAGUAUGUGAACCAACAACUUAAUCUGACGGACAAACUUUAGCUCGUAACAGCAAGACGGUGGUCGCUCCGCUUGUCAUCAUAGCCAUACAAAGGGUAUGCUUGACUUCCGAGGCUUCGUGGCACAAUGUGGGGCAGUGGGUUCCAGGGUUCCUCCGGUUCGAGUGCACCCCCCCACGACCCCGAACGCUUUCAAAGCCGUUCGUGCGGAUAGUUCCCGCGAAUACCCGGAGGACCGAGUUGCCUUUCCAAGAUUUCGACAUCCGACUUGACUACGCAACCCUGCAUGCACCUCAAAACUUCAUCGGGUCCCUUGAGGUACAAAGAGGCACCUGGGAGAAUUUUUGACAAAAUAUAUGAGCGCACCCGUUGUCCUUGGGUUUCGUCGAAUCCGGGUAUCCGGCAUUUCCAAGCGACACCUUCAUAGCCGAGCUUCCUUGAGGUCCAAAUUAUGUGUAUGCGGUAGAGGGUGUGUCUCUUUACCUUUGCCCUGGUGGAUGGAACACACGUCAGGUCCCUCGAGUCUUGGCUCUAACGGAGCCUUACUGGCCGCGAGCAACCUCCUGGUGUGGCAUCCAUGUUGACGGCGGCAUUUCGAGGGAUCGCAAGAAAAAUUGUGUGUACUUCUCUCUGUUCAUCAAUUGUUGACGCGACAUGUACAAGAAGUACGCAGCCCUCGAUCCUUCACGAUCAUCCUACUACAGCACUCAAAAAGCGGUAGUCAACACAUCGACGUCGACACUGAUGGAUACCACAUUGCACACACACAACGAUCGAAGAACGUCCGAGCACACAUGGUUCUUACUCGCAUCUACACCUCUCAUCCCGUCCCUGGCAAAGCUCCCAACGACACCGCCUUGCUCAUGCUAAGUACCUCGACACACGAGUAGAUUUGAUACCAUGGGAGCUAGCAACGAGCGUAGAGGAACAGGAAGAUCGAGGCAUGUGGAGUAUCCAUCUCUUCUCGACAAGACUCCGAUUUGAGAAUCUGUGCAGGAUUGAAAGCUGGUAGGACAGCAGCGCAUCAAGCGUGCACACUGCCUCACUGCCUCACUACAGCAGCGAGGACCACACUCUGCAUUUCGAUCAACAAGAUAGAUUUUUUCUCCCGUGUGGAGAACGCCCCGGCACAGCGCCGUCACUGCAUCUUCUGCCCCUGCUGUCGCCGUAGAUCUUACUCCUGGCUUCAACUUCAAUGCAUCCCCCCCCUUGGUGUCCCAUCUCUCAUCUACUGGACUGGUUCGUGUGGACGUUUUUUUAUCGCCUCGAGGAUGACGCCUGCUUCGACGAGGACUUGGAGUAAGCGGCCCCACCGCUACCCCUGCGCUUCUUCCUCGCCCUCUUAUCCUCUUCCUCUGAGCUGCUGCUGCUGCUGCUGCUACUCUGCUGCUGCCGCUUGAGCUGCUGCUGCCGGAGCUGCUGCUGCCCGAGCUGCUAUCGCUAUCGCUAUCGCUGUCGCUGCUGCUCCCGCUACUGCCGAAACACGAGAGGAGCAGAAGGAGCGAGAAAGUGAAAAGGAAGCAGACACGAUGAAACUUGCCAUGACCGCUGAAACAUGUCCAAACUGGAAAGGCAAAUCUCCCAACGUCAUGUCAACCUCU